AUGUAUCCGGUGGAAUCGAAGGAAACUGGUACCUCCAAGGACGAUCUGUUUCCUACCUCAUUCGGAGCAACGUUGCACGUUGGUGAUGAGAUUCGAGAAAUUGGUGGUGUCUGCGUCGCAAACCGCUCAAUUGAGGCGCUACAGCAAAUGCUUAAAGAAGCUCGUGGACAGGUAACCUUCAAAAUAGUGCCUUCAUAUCGAUCCGCACCACCUCCGUGUGAGAUAUUCGUUCGAGCUCAAUUUGACUACGACCCCUCUAAGGACGAUUUGAUACCAUGUCCCGAAGCGGGUGUCACUUUUAAAACUGGUGAUAUACUUCAGGUAUAA